AUGGAGAUUGAAGAAAACCCGCUGCCGGAGAAAGAGAGCAUACGGGUCGGCGGGCACAGCGGCCCACUAGUGACUGGCAGCAAGACGAGGAGCAACAGCAACUUAAGCGCAAGGUUCAAAGAAGACGAUCAGUGCUAUGUGGAAGUGACACUGGACGUUUGCGACGACAACACCUUUGUGCUUCGGAACAUCAGAGGAGCUGAUGAGCCUGGGUCGACGUCGGCGAGGAUAGAGGGAAGACCUUCUCUUGCUUCUCAACUCUCGUUUAAACUCAAGAAAGUCUCGCAUGAACUGAAGCGCAUGAAAUCUUCUUUGAGCUUCAAGAAGGUCGACCAGCCAGCCAAGCCGGGUGUUGCUCGUGCCCUAAAGGGACUCAAGUUCAUGACCAAGAAUGUGUGCAGUGAAGGUUGGCUGGAGAUUGAAAUGAGGUUUGAUGAAUUGGCUGUCGAUGGAACUCUCCCUAAAUCGGUCUUUGCUCAAUGCAUAGGGAUGAAGGAGUCGAGUGAGUUUGCGUGCGAGGUGUUUGAUGCAUUGGCUCGUCGGAGAGGAAUUACAUCAUGUUGUGUUACCAAGGAAGAACUGAGAGAAUUUUGGGAACAGAUUUCAGAUCACAGCUUCAAUGCCAGGCUUCAAACCUUCUUUGACAUGGUGGAUAAAAAUGCAGAUGGUCGAAUCUCAGAAGAAGAGGUGAAAGAGAUUAUUACGUUAAGUGCCUCUGCUAAUAAUCUGUCAAAAAUUCUUGAACAAGCUGAGGAAUAUGCAGCACUGAUCAUGGAAGAGCUUGAUCAUGACAACCUUGGAUAUAUUGAUUUGCACAACUUGGAAAUGCUACUUCUCUCGGGCCCAACCCAAUCUUCAAACCUGGAAACAGAUAGCCACAUUCAGAGCCGGCUGCUCAGCGAAAAACUGGUUCCUACCAAAGAGUACAACCCUAUAAGGCGGUGGUGCCGGCGGCUGUCCUACUUUGUUGAGGAUAACUGGAAGCGAAUUUGGGUCAUUGUGCUAUGGCUUCUGAUAUGCAUGGGCCUCUUUGCUUGGAAAUUUAUUCAGUAUAGACAUAGAGAGGUUUACCAUGUAAUGGGGUAUUGUGUGUGCAUUGCCAAAGGUGGAGCUGAGACCCUGAAGUUCAACAUGGCCCUGAUUCUUCUACCAGUAUGUAGAAACACAAUUACUUGGCUAAGAAGCAAGACCAAGUUAGGGGGUGUAGUUCCAUUUGAUGACAACAUCAAUUUUCACAAGGUGAUAGCGUUUGGAAUUGCAGUAGGGGUCGGUUUACAUGCAGGUUCCCAUCUUACAUGCGACUUCCCCAAGCUACUACAUUCGACCAACGAUCAAUACGAUAAGUUGAAGCCAUUUUUUGGCCAGAAACGACCGGAUGACUACUGGUGGUUUGUGAAGGGAACGGAGGGCUGGACUGGGGUGGUUAUGGUGGCACUAAUGCUUGUUGCAUACACAUUGGCUCAACCUUGGUUCCGUCGCAAUCGCCUAAGAAACCUCCCUAAACCCCUAAAGAAACUCACUGGGUUUAAUGCAUUUUGGUACUCCCAUCACCUAUUUCUCAUAGUGUACAUCCUCUUUAUUAUCCAUGGAUACUUUCUCUACCUCUCCAAGAACUGGGACAAGAAAACAACAUGGAUGUAUUUGGCUUUUCCAUUGAUAAUGUAUGCAUGUGAGCGCUUGCUUCGUGCAUUCAGGUCUGGAUAUGAGACAGUGAAGAUCUUGAAGGUCGCUGUUUACCCUGGAAACGUUUUGGCACUGCAUAUGUCUAAACCACAAGGAUUAAAAUAUACCAGUGGACAGUACAUUUACAUAAAUUGCUCUGCUAUUUCCCCAAUUCAAUGGCAUCCGUUCUCAAUUACUUCAGCUCCUGGAGACGAUCAUCUAAGCGUUCAUAUCCGCACGUUGGGUGACUGGACAUCUCAGCUCAAAUACAUAUUCUCUCAGGUUUGUCAACCUCCCUCUAUAGAGCACAGUGGCCUUCUAAGAGCUGACAUUGAACAACCAAAUAUCCAUACCAGGAUGCCAAAACUUCUUAUUGAUGGUCCAUAUGGUGCACCAGCACAAGACUACAAAAACUAUGAAGUUCUCCUACUUGUAGGACUUGGAAUUGGAGCAACUCCACUAAUAAGCAUUGUCAAAGAUGUGCUUAACAACAUUAAGCGACAAAAAGAACUAGAAGCUCAAAUGUUGGUGGAAAAUGGUGUUAAAAGAAAGUCGACCUUUGCAACAAAACGAGCUUAUUUCUACUGGAUCACAAGAGAGCAAGGCUCCUUCGAGUGGUUUAGGGGUGUCAUGAAUGAAGUAGCCGAAAAUGAUCUAGAUGGCCUGAUAGAGCUUCAUAACUACUGCACCAGUGUUUAUGAAGAAGGAGAUGCUAGAUCAGCUUUGAUCACUAUGCUUCAGUCUAUAAACCAUGCCAAAAAUGGUGUGGAUGUAGUUUCAGGAACAAGGGUGAAGACGCAUUUUGCUAGACCGAAUUGGCGUAAUGUUUUUAAGCAUGUAGCUGUGAAGCACCCUGAUCAAAGAGUUGGAGUGUUUUAUUGUGGUGCACAUGGAUUAGUUGGGGAGUUAAAGAGGUUAGCUCAAGACUUUUCCAGAAAAACUGAGACCAAGUUUGAUUUCCAUAAAGAGAACUUUUAGUCCUACCCUAACCGGUAUAUCCCUUUUUCUGAUAUUUUAGGGUAUAUGUAUAUAUCAAUAUAUGUAAUCUGUAAGUAAUA